CUCAGUGGAAUGUGCAAAUUUUGUCGACGAUGAAAUCGCUGCUCUGUGCUCGCUCAUCAGCGCAGUUCCACUCACGCUGAAACAGUCGAGGUCAGAUUUUCCGGAAAGACGGUACUUGCACUGGUGGUGCGCACCACAAAUAAGAAAACGAAAGAAAGAAAAAAAUACACAAAAAGCAAUAAAUAAUUCUCCCGCGCAGAGCGUCCGCGUUAUUCUCUAAUUGAAUUAAUGCAUAAAUGUAAUUUGUGAAAUUUGUAAAUCAAACUAAAAAUUGCACUUGAAUUUGUUAAAAUUGGCGACACAUUUCGUUCAGUCGCUUGCAAUUGUUGUUUGUAUGCCAAUCGUCUGCUUGGCGUUCACAGCCACUGGUAGUAAACACUGGACGCGCGUUCUUUUUUUUUGGAAUUUUGCCUAAAUUCCGCGUUCGAACGCGUUUAUGUCGCACAGUUUUUCGCGCUUAGCACCGGUGACCAGCGCAAGCGUUCAAACUGAGCUCGUCAAAGCCACCGAUUCCGCAGUACUCGCAACACGAGCUGCAAACGUUUACGACUGGCGGCAACAAAUACGGGCACGACAGCGGCGACAACACAGCGAAUGCGAUACGAAGGCAUAGCGGCGGGGGUGGGGUGCGUGACGGUGGCGCGGCGAAAGCCAGGAUACGCGAAACGCGUCUAUCGCCAGCAGCGCUCAGCAGACGUGAACUGAAGAUGGCUAUGCGCAAUGGUGCCGCAGCUGGUGCAGGAGCGAGUAGUUCUGGAGGACCACCACCAGCGCCUUCGACGGGCAUGGGAACGGCAAAUUUGUUGCGUAAAAUCCCGACAGUAUCGGCGAGCUAUGACAACGAGACGCACACCGGUUCGAGGAGUAGCGCGAUCAACUCGAGUCAGCCAAAAUUCAUACGUUCGGAUAUGGUUGAUGUGCCGGCUCAGCAGGCCGCCGGAUCCACGUUACCGUUGGUGUUGACGCGAAAAAAAGGCGACGAAGAGGAUGUCAAUUAUAAUCCGUUCGAGCACCGGAAAGUGGAUCAUCCCACCUCCGACAUGGAGACCUUAAUGCACCUGCUGAAAGGUUCGUUGGGCUCGGGUAUUCUUGCCAUGCCCAUGGCUUUCAUGAAUGCCGGUCUAUGGUUCGGUUUGGUGGCCACCUUUGCUGUUGGUGGUCUCUGCACCUAUUGCGUACACAUUCUCGUCAAAUGCGCGCAUAUCCUUUGUCGGCGGCGUAAGAUUCCCAUGAUGGGCUUUGCAGAUGUGGCCGAGCAAGCCUUUCUCGAUGGCCCGCCCGGUCUGAAUCGCUGGUCUCGUUUCAUACGUUUCAUGGUGAAUGUCUUCCUUGUGCUCGACUUAAUUGGCUGCUGUUGCAUUUAUCUGGUAUUUGUCGGAACAAAUGUGAAGGCGGUAUUGGAUGAGUACAUGGCCGAAGCGUUGAGUAUACGCUUGUGGAUCGUCAUCGUUACUUGUCCGCUACUGGUUAUGUGCUUGAUACGCAAUCUGAAAUUCCUUACACCAUUUUCGAUGAUCGCCAACGUGUUGAUGUUUAUUGGCAUCGUGAUUACAUUCAUUUAUGUCUUUGAUGAUUUGCCAGCACCCGAGGUACGUGAUGGCAUCGUGAAUGUUGUGCAAUGGCCACUCUUCUUCGGCACUGUGAUCUUUGCGUUGGAAGGUAUUGGUGUAGUGAUGUCGCUGGAGAACGACAUGAAGAACCCUACACACUUCAUUGGCUGCCCUUCGGUGUUGAACAUCGGCAUGGGUGUUGUCAUUUCGCUAUACACAUUGGUUGGAUUCUUUGGCUACUUGAAAUACGGACCAGAGACACAGGGCAGCAUCACGCUGAAUUUACCCAAGGAAGACAAAUUGGCGCAAUCUGUGAAGUUGAUGAUUGCUAUAGCGAUCUUCUUCACCUUUACGCUGCAAUUCUAUGUGCCAGUUAGCAUCAUUUGGAAGGGCAUUUCCCACAAGAUCUCCGAGGAGCGAAAGAACAUCAGCGAAUAUGCGCUACGUAUAGUCUUGGUGAUUCUUUGCGGUGCAAUUGCGGUGGCGUUACCCAAUUUGGGUCCCUUCAUUUCGCUGAUUGGCGCUGUGUGCCUGAGCACGCUCGGCAUGAUCAUACCGUCGAUCAUCGAGUUGGCUGUGUACCACGAGGAUCCCGGCUACGGGCGUUUCAAGUGGCGCUUAUGGAAGGACAUUGGGCUGAUUAUUUUCGGCAUAGUGGGCUUCGUAACUGGCCUGUAUGUGAGCAUACUCGAGUUCCAUGCAGAGUUCAGUGGCGACCAUGUUGGCUCAUAGACGCUGCUAAAUGAUGACCUGCAGUAUCACAAAAUCAUAAAGUUAAUAAUAAAAGAUAAUAAUAAUAUUAUAUAAUAUACAUACAUACAUACAUAUAUACAUAUGCAUAUAGUGUUAGUGACGUAGCGUAGUUUAAAGUUUUUAACACAAAAGGAAAGAGAAAAAAGAACACAAAAAAAAUAUAACAAAAACAUAAAAAGAAACAUUUAAGUUAACACAUUUCAACAAAAACAACACCAACAAAAAAAGCACAAAAAGAAAAAACUCAAUUUAGAAUUAUAAGCGUGGAAAUUACAAUAACAUUUAACUAAGAAACAAAAC